AUGAUUGACUGGUUAUUAAAACGUAAGGCUGAAGCCGAUUUGUCAAUGAGAAAAACAAAAUUAUUUGAUAUAAUUAAACGACAUAAUCCGGAAGAGAAAAUAUUUGAAAUCAAUAAAAUACUUAAAGCUCAUGGACACACUGUACUCCGACUUCCACCACACAACUUUGCCUUAAAUCCAACUGAACUGGCGUGGGCAAAACUAAAAAAAAAAGAAAGAAAUAUUAUUGCAGAUAUUCGCAUGACGAAGAUACUGCAGUUGGCAAAAGAAGGUUCUGAAACGAUAACUCAGGAUAACUGGCGUGCGUACUGCCUCGACGUAGAGAAACUAGAACGAGAGUACUGGCUUAAGGAUAUUAUCAUUGAAGACAUACCAGACACCAUAGUUAUUAAUUUUGGAAGUGGUGACGACGACGACGACGACGACGACGACUACGAUAGGACAGUGACUCUGUUGAUGGUGACCUCUAAAAUGCGAUUUAUGUAA